AAUGGGUGAACGCGUUGGCUGCUGAACCGGGUUUUAAUUUUUUUUUGGAAAAUCUGAACCGGAGUUGUCGCCUCUUCUUCCCCCAUCGGCCAUCGCUUUCUAAUGAAUUGCACUACAACACGUUUCCAAAAAACAAAAAGUAGCGCCCCCUGUUUCUUGACAGUCAGGACUCAGAACCACCGGAAAUUCCUUGGAACGGGACUCCAAAACCAUUAACCUAGCUUCCGGUUUCACUGAUUCCCUCUUCACCAUAUAAUAAACUGAAUUGUUCUCAUCAAACAGAAAAGAGCAAACCUUUCCCCUCUUUCAAGACACUUGAGAGCUAAAGCAACAGUAUGGCAUCGGCGAGCAAGGCGUCUCUGGCUGUGGCAACGAGCAUGAGCGCAGUGGAGGCGCUCAAGGAUCAGCUUGGCCUCUGCCGCUGGAACUACACGAUAAGUAAUAUCAGCCGUCACGCCAUUAAUCCCAUAGCGAGGCCCUCUAGCCAGCUCCGGCACGUUUCCUCCUCCGCCGCCGCCGCGGUCGCAGUGGUGCAAAUCGAUAGCAAAAUUCCUGCUGCCGAGGAGAUGAGGCGGAGGCGAAGAGCUGAGAAGGCAGAGAAAGUCAGGAAUCUCGUCUGCUGGGGCCCUAAUUAAGACGUACAAAUUUUGAUAUGGAAAAAGCAGUCAGCUUUGUUGGCAAUUUAGACAUUUAGUUAUCAAAGAAGAGUUGCAUAUAUUGGCUUCUAAUUAGCGUUGUAUUUAUUGAAUGAAAAUCUAUUUUCAUUUCAUUUUUGGACCGCA